AUGAAAUAUUACCUACAAGAUGCAAGUGUCAGCUGCCCAUGCAUUAAAGAAGAUGACUAUAGAUCAUCGCAUCCACUCUCAUCGUUAAACUAUUGUAGACAUUGUGAUACAAGAAGAUGUUUUGCAUGUUCAUUACAUUCUCCAGUUAAGAAAUCUUGCUUGAAAUGUGAAAGGGAAUAUGAUCUCAUAGCAACACAUUGUAAUAGGUGUUAUGUAUGCCCACUCUGUGGUUCUGACUUAAAUACGUAUCCGUUAUUAUACAAAUCAGGGGGCAUAAAGGAUGGCGUCGAACAAUUUGCGUUGAUGAAUAGUCAAACAGAUCGAAACGAGAAGCUUGUAGGCAAAGGAGUUUUAUUCAAGUGUAAGAAAAUGGACUCUAUUGAUCAUUCAUGUUCUUUUAAAUUUGUGACCAAUAUUGAAACCAAGCCACAAAGUUUACAAGAGAUUGUUUUGAAGAAUAUAAAAAGUGACACUGAGUAUAAAUAUGAAAAAUUAAGAGAUUUUGGAGACUGGAAAUUGAAUUACGAAAGAAUACUAGAUAGAAAGCAAAGGAUAAAAUGGAAGACUGAAAUCUUGGAAAGAUUCGGAGCUUUUGAGGUAGCUAAAAUAUUGCAAGCUCACAACAGUUUGGAAACACUUGAAAAGAAGGAGAUUGAGGUUAUUGAUUCCCUGAAAGAUAUUACGAAAAAAGUUGUUCCAGUGCCCAAAAAGCUACAUCAAAAUAUGAAUUCAAUCUGUCCAUCAUGUUUAAACAUCUUGGAUGUCAAAAUGACAAGCCGAUUUCCUUUGGUGUAUGUUGUGCCCAUGGUUGGAUAUCCUUCCAAGCUGGUCAGGGAAAUCAAGGAAGGAAAUAUUAGAGUGCCAGUUUUGAUGAGUUUUAUCAACACAAGUGGCAUGGAAAUGGAUGUUACAAUCACAGGUGAAGAGAUACCGUUCAACACAAUUCGAAUUGGGUGUAAUAGCUCGAAGUCUCUGAAGGAUGUCCCGACUUGUAUGCUUUCACAUGUUCGCAAAAGUUCAGGUGAUUGGAAAUGUGAGUUAGAUACAAGAGACAAGGAAGUUUUCAAAUUGAUUACAUACCAUGAGGAUGGAGAAGAAAAAGGCAGUGGAGAAGCAAAGGUAAAGAACACCGAGUUGGAAGAUGGUCACGAAGUAGUUGACGUUGGAGGAAAUUGGAUUACUACAAAGGCAUGUAUCGAUGUUAAUGUUGCGGAAGAUGUGGUUAGCGGUAAAAUAAAGUUUAACGUUAUGAUUACUACAUAUUUGAAAACUGGGGAAUAUAAUAUUCUAUACGAAUGUUGUUGUUUGGUUUAA